UUGAACAUUGUUGCAGAUCCAGUCAUUGCUAAUGUGAGUGAUCUUCAGAUGUUCUUUUUUUGCCGCUGUGUGGAGAGUUUUACCCGUUCCUCGGCGACCAUGGGAUCUUCAGCCGAGGGGGGAGAGAUUGUGCCUGUGUCAAAGGGUAAGCUGGAAGCCAAGGCAUCCCCAGAAAGUUUGGGUACUAUUGGUGAUGUGGAUAUGCCUGUGGUCAGCGCUGCUGAGACUUUGGAACCAUUUACGACGGAUGAGACGAGAGCAGGAGGGAGGAGGGGCCUAGAUGGGGAUGGGACCAAGGUGGGAGGUGGCAAACCUUUGGGCCGUCGAGGUCUUGUCUUGAAAGCAGCACUGGCUGGUGGGCGAGCCAUAGGCCGUGCAUGGGAUUUUCUGGUCGAUGAGAAGGGCUUUGAAGAAUCACAGUCUCGGGUUAGUAGUGAGCAGAUGGUUGAAUGCGGAAGCAAUGAAGAUGCUGAACUAAAUAAAAAGGCUAGCCUUCCAGGGAAGGGGAACUGGCAAGAGAAAUCUGCCUAUGGCCUUGCAGGAUCUGGCGAGAGAGGGGGAGAAGAAGAGGAGAAGCAGGAGGUUGUUAGGGGGUUGGAAAUGUUUAUAAAUGCGAAGCUGAAAAGUGGAAUGCUGAAAUGCCGGUGUGAUCCGUCGAUGGCUGAGGUGAAGAGGCAGCUUGCGAAGGAACAGGAAUGCAGAGGAGCGGGGACCACCAAGGAUGGUAGUGAUGGGAGAAAAACUGCUGCACAGAAUAACUCGCCAGUCACUAGCCCGCGAUCAAUGAAUGACUCUCAGAAGCCUGAUGCAGCAUCACAUAGGUCUGGAGAGAGAAGUGGCCAAAGUUACCAGGAUAUGGCGAUGUCUAGAGAUGGUUUUUUCCUCCCAACUCCCGCCUUUUUCUCCAGACUUUCUCCGAGUGAUGUGUCGGCUGGAAGAGCACGCUUGGCAUCUGUACAGCCACCUCCCUUUGCGGUUGUGGAAUUGGCAAGCGCUGAGAUGAGCAGCAGGUUUUGGGAGGAGGAUCCACGCUAUAUCUCGGUCCUAGUUGGGCGGUGUGCAGUUUUUCAAUCACGAAAUGCUAGCUCCGAGAGCCGCACCCUGGAUGAUGUUGUAAUCGGUCUUUACCCAGCAGAAAAGCCUGGCGAUGAUGGUGAUGGGAGUGCUGAAGAGCUAAAUCGAGGGACGGAGAAGGUUCCCUUUGCUGAUGUACCGUCUUCGGGCAUUCCUGUUCCGGAUGCUGGCUUGAAUGGGAAGUUACCUGAAGAUUAUGGAUCGUAUCGGUCGUCAGGGCGGCAGUGGCGUUUGGCUCAGGGAAGACAUGCUUUUAAGGUUAUAUGGUGGAAAGAGAGUGACGACGAGGAACAACUGCAUAGCACUGCAGAGCCGGAGUGGCCCCCCUCUCUUGGUGUGAAGGAGGCCAAAGAGGAGAAGUGGUCACUGAAGAUUGCUGUGGGCAAGGUUAUUGUAGCAUAUUGGCCUGGAUUUAUUCCGAUGUUACUGCGCUUUGCGUACCCAAAUUCUGAGGAUGAGGUUGGGAAAGGAUGGUGGGACCACUUGCAGUCAUUAAUGCGUAGACUGGGAGGGAAGGGUGGGGGUAAGCGUUUCAAAAAGGGGGGCGUUCUCAAGGCACCGGCGGUGUUUAAACUGUCUAGUUUUAGAUUGUGGACUGAAAGUGUCCAGCUGAUAGUCCACAGCUCUGGUGUGGGGCAUAGUGCUUCACGGCCAGUGGGGGAAGGUUACGGGGGGGUUCAGACACUUGACCCCAUGAUGGAGACAACUGGUGCGGCUAUAGUGGCAAGAACUGGCUUCAUCAAGUAUUGGCUUGUUGAUGAAAAGGGCGAUGAGAGGAAUAUCAGCCCGCAGGUGGAACAGCAAGAUGUGGCGACAACAGUAUAUGCUGUGCAGCUAGUCAUUGAUGAUGCACAGAUUGGUCUUGCGGAGCAAUGGAAGGGCAUGAAG